GUCAGUACACUGACUGUUAAUUUGCUCUAGCUGGGAAAACACGCCAGAUCAACUGAGUGACAUGUUCAUGUGGUUUUGAGGAGUCAGGAGCUGGCUGAAUUUAAGAUGACCUAUUAACAUGUUGUUCGGACUGCUGAUGGAUUGAAGGAACCAAACUAGAGGAGGGUCAACAUUCGGAAACAACUUCAUCACAUUGUAUUCAGAUAACUGUAUCCUGGUGGAUGAAUUUUGUGAGAGGACUUCCUUAAGGGAGCCAAAAUCCAGAAGCCAACAUGGCUGACAUGGUAAAUACAUUGCCAUUCUUCUAUGGCAAUAUCACCAGGGAGGAGGCGGAAGACUACUUGCGGCAGACAGGCAUGAGCAACGGCUUAUACCUGCUACGGCAAAGCCGAAACUAUCUUGGAGGCUUUGCACUGUCUGUGUUGCAUUCACGCCGCUGCUACCACUACACCAUUGAAAGAGAACCCAAUGAAACAUAUGCUAUUGCUGGUGGUAAAAGCCACAGGACCCCUGUGGAUGUGAUUGACUACCACUCCCAGGAGAUGGAUGGGCUUGUGUGUCUGCUAAAGAAGCCCUGCAACAGGCCCAAGAACAUGCAGCCAAAGGUUGGGCCAUUUGAAGACCUGAAGGAAAAACUGAUAAGGGAGUAUGUCAAGCAGACCUGGAACCUUCAGGGUGCAGCUCUGGAGCAGGCCAUCAUCAGCCAGAGGCCUCAGCUGGAGAAGCUCAUUGCCACCACUGCACAUGAAAAAAUGCCCUGGUUCCAUGGAGCAAUAACACGAGAAGACUCUGAGCCCAGGCUUCAAAAUGGCUCCCGUACAAAUGGAAAAUUCCUGAUCCGACAGAGGGAUCUGAAUGGCUCCUAUGCUCUGUGUUUACUACAUGAAGGACAAGUCAUGCAUUAUCGCAUUGACAGGGACAGGGCUGGCAAACUCUCUAUCCCAGAUGGCAAGAAGUUUGACACCCUGUGGCAGCUGGUAGAGCACUACUCCUACAAACCAGACGGCCUGCUUCGAGUGCUAACAGAGCCCUGUCCAAGACCUGAUGGAGAAAUUGGGCUGAUAGGGCGACCGCUGCUCCCACGGGACCAUCCUGGAAUAAGUUCUGCUUUGCACAAUGCAGCAGGUGGAAUUCUCUCCAGACUCAAAACUGUUCCCAUACCUGGCCGAAAAAAGAGAAUAGGACCUCGACACAACACCACAGAUAAUCACAAUCCUUAUGAAACCAGGGUGCCCAACAAUCAAGAAGCCAGCAAAGAGGCCAUGCCAAUGGACACAGAGGUAUAUGAGAGUCCAUACGCAGAUCCAGAUGAACUCCGGAGUUCCACGGUCGAUCGCAACCAACUCUUCUUGGAGGAUGGAGAACUGGGCUCUGGGAACUUUGGUACAGUCAUGAAGGGCAUCUACAAGAUGAGGAAGACAGAGAAGCCAGUUGCAGUCAAAAUCCUAAAGAAUGAUGACAACAACCCAUCCGUACGAGAGGAAAUGCUGCGAGAAGCCAAUGUCAUGCAGCAGCUGGACAAUCCUUAUAUUGUCCGGAUGAUUGGUAUCUGUGAGGCAGAAAACCUCAUGCUGGUCAUGGAGCUGGCUGAGCUAGGACCACUUAACAAGUUCCUGCAGAAAAACAAGCAAACAACCAUAAAGAACAUCACAGAGCUGGUCCACCAGGUGUCUAUGGGGAUGAAGUACCUAGAGGAGCAUAACUUUGUCCACAGGGACCUCGCUGCCAGGAAUGUGCUGCUGGUCACGCAGCACUACGCCAAGAUCAGUGACUUUGGCCUCUCCAAGGCUGUCGCUGAGGAGCAAAACUACUACAAGGCCAAGGGUCAUGGGAAAUGGCCAGUGAAAUGGUACGCUCCUGAGUGUAUAAACUACUUCAAAUUCUCAUGCAAAAGUGAUGUGUGGAGCUUUGGGGUGCUCAUGUGGGAGGCCUACUCCUGUGGCCAGAAACCAUACAAGGGAAUGAAAGGAAAUGAAGUCAUGCAGAUGAUUGAAAGUGGACAGCGUAUGGAUCCCCCAGCAAACUGUCCACCAGAGAUGUAUGACCUCAUGAGGACCUGCUGGACAUACAAGGUGGAUGAAAGGCCUGGAUUUUCUGUUGUUGAGCCAAGACUACGAGAGUAUUAUUAUGACAUUGCACAGUGAUUCCUCACAUGGAUGUUACGAGACUAUGCAAACUAUUGGUUGAUGAGAAAAACUGCAUUUAAUCAUGGAGAUGGUUAUGAAUGAUAAAUUCUGUUGUAAAAUAUUGACUUCACCUGGAGGAUGAACUUUUGAACAAAGACCGUAAUUAUGCAAAUUACAUUUAUUUUAUUACUUUUCUUGUUCCUUCCUGAAUGUAAAGAAUAUGAAAGUUGUAAUAAACAAUACAAGUCCAGCUUAUUCUAUGAA